UGUAAAAUACCCAAUGGGGGAUUCACAUGUUCUUGUGAAGUUUCAGUGUUUCACUUUCUUAUGGCUAUGGCUGCAAGUAGGAGCUGCAGAAAUACCAACCAAUACUUCCCGUCCAAUAACCAAACCUGGUUGCCGAGAUCGCUGCGGGAAUGUCAGCAUACCUUACCCAUUUGGUAUUGGUGAAGGUUGUUCUGCAGGUGGUUACUUCGAGUUAACAUGCGAAGAUAGUUACUUCGAUUCCGCCCUACCCACUUACGAGGACUACAAUUUCUCAAAGAUAUCAAUACCGGACGGCCAUAUAACGGCGCUUCUCUGGGUUUCCAUGGAUUGUUCCGAUGAGAAAAUGCCAGGCUGGACAACGUUUAACCAUUUUUCACCGUUCACAUUGUCUAAUACAAAAAACAAGUUCAUAGCCAUGGGUUGCGACACCUACGCAUUUCUACAACUUGGAGAUAAACGAGAUAAUACAGCCCUGGGAUGUACGUCAGUCUGUGAUACCAUGGAAGAUAUCAGUGAUGGUUCAUGCACUGGUUUUGGUUGCUGUGAGGCCUCAAUUCCACCUGGAAUAGGUUCAUAUAACAUCACAGUUCGAAGCGUGGGUGAAACCCGAAGGAAUUUGAGUUUCAAUCCGUGCAGUUAUGCCUUUUUGAUUGAAGAAAGUUCGUUUCAGUUUUCUAAAUCUUACCUCAAAGAUUUCUUGAAUAAUGGGAACGGAGUGGUUCCGGUGGUCGUCGAUUGGACUAUUGGUACUGAAACAUGUGAAAUAGCUAAAACAAAUCUGACUAGCUAUGCAUGUGGACCAAAUACUAUCUGCACAUCCAGUAAUGUUUCGUCAGGUUAUCGUUGUAACUGUAAAAAGGGAUAUGAAGGGAAUCCUUACCUGAACAGUAGUACCGGUGGUGAAUGCCAAGAUGUUGAUGAAUGCUAUGAGAAACGAUAUGAGAAACGAUGUAGAAUUGAAACAAAUAUUUGCAUUAAUACGGAAGGGGGAUACACAUGUCCUUGCAAACAUGGAUUCUAUUCUCAACACGAAAAAAAUGGCAUCUCAGAUUGCAUUCCCCGUCUGAGUAACUCCAACAGGAUUGUUGUUGGUGUGUGCUUAGGCUUAGCUCUUCUAGUGGUGAGCCUUGUGGCUAGCUUCUGGUUGUACUGGGGAUAUAGGAAAAGAAAGCACAUGCAAGUUAAGGAGGAAUUCUUCAAGCAAAAUGGUGGGUUGAUUUUGAAUCGUCUUCUUUAUGAACGGGAAGAAGAUACUGAGACGUUUCGAAAUAGAAGGGGAGGAAGAAAACACCGGUCAGUUGCUACAAUAUACACCGAGAAGGAGCUGAGGAAGGCGACAGAUAACUAUCAUGAAAGUCACAUUCUUGGACGAGGAGGGUUUGGCACGGUGUAUAAAGGCAUCUUAUCUAACGGAACCGUGGUUGCAAUUAAGAAGACAAAAGUUGUCGAUAUGAACCAAAAUGAGCAGUUCAUAAAUGAAAUUGCUGUUCUGUCACAAAUUAAUCACAAAAAUGUGGUGCAGCUCUUGGGUUGUUGUCUAGAAACCGAAGUUCCUUUACUAGUUUAUGAAUUUGUAACUAACGGGACGCUUCACCAGCACUUGCACAAAGGACGUGACAACCAGACUGGUUAUGCAACACUCUCAUGGGAAAAUCGUUUGAGGAUAGCAUUGGAAGUUGCAGGAGCAUUAACUUACUUGCACGCUGAAGCUUCCAUACCCAUCAUCCAUAGAGACGUCAAGUCAAGUAAUGUACUUCUAGAUGAUGAUUACAAAGCAAAAGUUUCGGAUUUCGGUGCUUCUAGGCUAAACCCUACGGAUCAAGCUCAGCUAAGCACAGUAGUUCAAGGCACUUUUGGGUACUUGGACCCAGAAUAUAUGCAGUCUAACAAGCUAACAGAGAAAAGCGACGUGUACAGCUUUGGUGUUUUGCUUGUGGAAUUGCUAACAGAAAUUUGGCAAGGUAUGAUAAUGAACGGAUCAGUAGUGUAGAUGGACACCGACAGAUCCAACAAACGGCUGAACUAGCACAAAAAUGUUUAAGCAUAAAGGGAGAGAAUAGGCCUACAAUGAAAGAAGUAGCAAUGGCAUUACACGGAUUGAUGAUGACGUCUUCUAGUUACUCUGGCGGUGUCCUAUCGAAUGAUAUUCAGGAUUUAUAUCCGAUUACUAGCAACGGAGGAUGGAUGCUCUUGUCAGAAUCAGCAAAAAAUUUAUCUUACACAGAUAGCUGUACUACAAUUGGUGACAGCAGCAAGGAGAUUUCGGCUUUAGAAACUGAGGGACGUCAAUGGAUUAUAUAUACAGUGAGUAGUACUCCUCUACUGGUUCACAUUCAUUAUCAAGGGUUGUAUCGGAGUAUUUUUUUUGUUUCUAAUACAAAGUUCAGUGAACUUAUCGGACUUCUAUAAUGGUACUUAAACCUGCAAAAUGCAGGCGUGCUUUGUCAUUGCC